AUGGUUAAUAAUAACAACAACAAUAUAUUAUAUAUGUCACAAUCCAACUCUUCCUCCUCCUUUUUUACCUCCUCAAUGUACAUGCGACCCCAACAUUGUUCACCAACAAAUAAUAACAUUACAAUCUUUACCAAUCACCCCAUUCCACAAUCCUCGUUCACCAAUCAAUCAUUCAUUCAACACCAAUCCUCCAGUCAAUCGCCCGUCCCAAAUCCAGUGAUCAAGAGUACCAGUUUCCAAGCAACAAUCACCAUUCGUAGACCAACAUAA